AUGGACAAUCCUACCCUGGAAGCACUUCAAUGUGAAGUGGACUUUUUUCGGCAAAAUCAAACCAUAGUAGAAGAAGAAAUAAGGACUUUAAUCGCAGACAAUCAAAAACUGUCUCAACAAGUGGGAAUGCUGUUGAAAGAGAAAUUGGACAACGCUAGAGCCAAUAGUCAUAAUUUAGACCACACCAAAGAGUUGGAGGAACUGAGAAAACAAGUCUCUUUGCUAGCUAAGGAACGGGACUCGCUUCACGUGCUAUGGCAAACUUCACAGAAGACUAUAGAUGCACUGGAAACUGAAUUAAAGACUUAUCAGAGUUAUGAUAAUGGAGUGAAAAAGAAUGGUGACCACAAAAGAAGAGGAGGUGGAGGAACUGAACAAACAUUUAGAAAAUCAAAUGGAGCUGAGUAA